AUGACCUUGUCUGAUGUUUUGACAGAGGCCCCUUUGGUACUUUGGCUUUUUGUGUUCGUUACUGUGUACGGUAUCGCCAUUAUCAACAAAAGAAAAGACGCGUACAACCGCUUUCACUUCAUUAUCGGAUUCAUGUUGGAAAUCGUGAUGAGCUCACUUACCAUUUUUCUCAAGGUUUUGCAGACGAAAAUUGACGGCACGUCUCUACCCUCAAUCUGUAAUUGGAUGGUCGUUUACUAUGAAGAUAGCAUGGACCCUUUAUUGCAGAUGCGUGCAGCAGCGACUUCGGUGUCACAAUUAUUCUACUUGGCGUUCGUGACUUCUUGUCUUUGGCAGUUGUGCUGGCGAAGCUCAUUGAAGUCCACAAAAGUUAGCCUUCUUCUAGUGCAUGUCUUCUUGCAUCAGUCUAGGCUUGAAAUAAUUCCUUUAUUUCUUGUCUUCGGAGCUUUGGAGUCUUUGCUAUCGAGAUCAGGCCCGCUCAAGAACUCUGAGUUUUUACUUACAGCCAUAAUUCUUUGCAUCCAAAACCUCUCGUUUUUCGGUAUUGGGAACACCAAUCUGAUAGCGACGAUAGACCUUUCAAACGCUUACAACGGCCUCAGCUCAUACAAGAUUUCCCUUUCUCGUUGUGUUCAACAGGCCAUCUCAAAGCAGCAGGUGAAGCCAUAG